GUGGGAUUGUAAUGGCUGCUUCCCAGUGUGUAAACAUAUGCGUUGUAUUUACGAAAUCUACAGUAUAACUAUUGUCAGAUACGCCAAACUGAUAGUUUUCUAGAUUGAUUCAUAGUGUUUUGUGUGUCUUCAAACCAGGACACUCAUGUGAAAGUUUCUGGGUUUCAGUCAGGAAAAAACUCGCGGUGUUUUUCGGAGUUUGCCGUUCAUUACAGGAUCAAAUCCCGGGCAAGCUAGCGUUAGCCGCUCAGACCAAGAUAAUGGAUGAUGAUGAUGUGUCCAUGCACAGGCUAGAAGGUACUAAUCCAGCUGCUCAAAUUGGGGGUCUAAUUGUGAAGAAGAAGAGCGCGGCUGCAGAGCCCCAUGUUUUUCGGGCACCCGCACCACGCACAUCUUUACUUGGCCUCGAUCUGCUGGCUGCCCAAAAAAGGAAGGAGCGUGAAACUAAGGAACAAGAAGAUUCUAAUGGUGAUGAAAGCAAUAAAAAGAAAUCAAAAAUUUCUUCAUACAAGGACUGGGAGGAAGGAAAAAGUGACUCUGAUUCUGAUGAAGAAGACGAUGAUAAGGAUAGGAGUGCUAAGAAAGAGAGGAAGUAUCGGGUAACUGGCUCUGAGACGCCAUCAAACCCAGGAGGGGUCAGUGAAGAGUUCCGUCGCCGACACCAGCAGAGGGAGAAAGAACGGCGUGAGCAUGGAGUCUACGCUUCCUCCAAGGAGGACAAGAACAGAGACCGAGAAAGAAGCAGAGACAAAGGCAGAGAGCGACGGGGUGAAAGAGAUGAACGAGAGAAUAGCCAUAGUCGUGGUAGCAGCAGCAGCCGGUCGGAGCGUUGGGAACGCAGUGAGAGGACUGAGCGCUCUCAGAGAGAUGGAUGGUCUGAUCGUAUCAGCCGGGGCAGUAAGAGAGAUGAACCUGCGACACCACAACAGCGUCCCAGAGAUUCUUUCACACCUUCCCGCUCCAACUGGGAUGAGGAUGAUAGUGGUUAUGCCAGUUCAAGGCACUCUCACUGGGAGUCUCCAUCCCCCUCCCCGUCUCACAGAGAGUCAGAUCGCUCAGAAAGAAGCCAUCGCUCUGGCCGAGAGAGUGAGAGGAGGGACAGAUCCGUCAGAGGCCGUUACCCUGACGACACACCGCUGCCUACCCCAUCCUACAAGUAUAACGAGUGGGCCAAUGACAGAAAGCAUUUGGGCUCCACGCCUCGUUUAUCACAAGGAAAAGGUAGGAGAGAAGAGGGUGAAGGAGGGUUUAUGUUUGAUAAUGAAGAUGAGAAAGAGCAGUGGGAGGAGGACCAGAAGCAAGCUGACCGAGAUUGGUACAUGAUGGAUGAAGGUUAUGAUGAGUUCCAUAACCCCUUCACUUCCACCUCUGACGAGUAUGUAAAGAAAAGGGAGCAGAUCCUCCAGAAACAAACUCAGAAAAGAAUAUCUGCUCAGAAGCGACAGAUUAAUGAGGAUAAUGAGCGAUGGGAGACCAAUCGCAUGCUGACUAGUGGUGUGGUACAAAGACUGGAGGUAGAUGAAGACUUUGAGGAAGACAAUGCUACUAAGGUUCAUCUAUUGGUCCAUAACCUGGUCCCUCCCUUCCUCGAUGGAAGAAUUGUCUUUACAAAGCAGCCAGAGCCUGUCAUCCCUGUGAAAGAUGCUACCUCUGACAUGGCAAUCAUCUCUCGAAAGGGCAGCCAGCUUGUCCGCAAACAUCGUGAGCAGAAAGAACGCAAGAAGGCACAACACAAACACUGGGAAUUGGCAGGCACCAAGUUGGGUGAUAUCAUGGGUAUCAAAAAGACAGAGGAUGAAGAGUCUGGAAACAAAGUGGUUGGCGAGGACGGCAAAGUGGACUACAGAGCAGACCAAAAAUUUGCAGACCACAUGAAAGAGAAGACUGAGGCCAGUAGUGAGUUUGCAAAGAAGAAGAGUAUUCUGGAGCAGAGACAGUACCUUCCUAUCUUUGCUGUCAGGCAACAGCUUCUCAACAUUAUAAGGGACAACAGCAUUGUGAUUGUUGUUGGGGAGACGGGCAGUGGUAAGACCACUCAGCUGACACAGUACCUGCAUGAAGACGGUUACACCCGCUAUGGGAUGGUGGGUUGUACUCAGCCCCGAAGAGUGGCAGCCAUGAGUGUUGCAAAGAGAGUCAGCGAGGAGAUCGGCACCAACCUUGGAGAGGAGGUUGGAUAUGCAAUCCGUUUCGAAGAUUGCACGUCUGAGAAAACGCUGAUAAAGUAUAUGACAGAUGGAAUUCUGCUCAGAGAGUCUCUGCGGGAGUCGGACUUGGACCACUACAGUGCUGUCAUAAUGGAUGAAGCUCACGAACGCUCCCUAAACACUGAUGUGCUGUUUGGACUGCUACGUGAGGUUGUAUCUCGACGCACUGACUUGAAGCUCAUAGUUACUUCUGCUACUAUGGACUCAGACAAAUUUGCAGCAUUUUUUGGCAAUGUGCCCAUAUUCCACAUUCCUGGAAGGACAUUUCCAGUAGACAUCUUAUUUAGCAAGACACCUCAGGAGGAUUAUGUGGAGGCUGCAGUGAAGCAAUCUCUCCAGAUCCACCUUAGUGGGAUGGUGGGAGACAUCCUUAUCUUUAUGCCUGGACAGGAGGAUAUUGAGGUGACAUCAGAUCAGAUUGUGGAGCGUUUGGAGAACUUGGAGAAUGCUCCACCUCUCGCUGUGCUGCCUAUUUACUCACAGCUGCCAUCUGACCUUCAGGCCAAGAUCUUCCAGAAGGCUCCGGAUGGUGUGAGGAAGUGUAUUGUUGCUACAAACAUCGCUGAGACGUCCCUCACAGUGGAUGGAAUCAUGUUUGUUGUGGAUGCAGGAUAUUGCAAACUUAAGGUUUUCAAUCCUCGGAUUGGUAUGGAUGCUCUCCAGGUUUAUCCCAUCAGUCAGGCUAAUGCCAACCAACGUUCUGGCCGAGCAGGACGUACAGGACCAGGACAGUGUUACAGGCUAUACACUCAGAGUGCCUUUAAGAACGAGAUGCUGACCACUACCAUACCUGAAAUCCAGAGGACCAACCUGGCCAAUGUAGUUCUGCUACUGAAGUCUCUGGGUGUUCAGGAUUUGCUUCUCUUCCAUUUCAUGGAUCCACCACCUGAAGAUAACAUGCUUAAUUCCAUGUACCAGCUCUGGAUCUUGGGAGCUCUGGACAACACAGGUGCUUUGACACCAACAGGGCGUCUGAUGGUGGAGUUUCCUCUUGAUCCAGCCCUCUCCAAGAUGCUCAUUGUGUCCUGUGACAUGGGCUGCAGUGCAGACAUCCUCAUUAUUGUGUCCAUGUUGUCUGUGCCAGCCAUCUUCUACAGACCUAAGGGUCGUGAGGAGGAGAGUGACCAAGUGAGGGAGAAGUUCUCAGUUCCAGAAAGCGACCACCUCACCUAUCUUAAUGUCUAUAUGCAGUGGAAGAACAACAAUUACUCCAGCAUCUGGUGCAAUGACCACUUCAUCCACACCAAGGCCAUGCGCAAGGUGCGUGAGGUACGCUCCCAGUUAAAGGACAUCAUGGUGCAGCAGAAAAUGAACCUUGUCUCCUGCGGCUCCGACUGGGACAUUAUUAGAAAGUGCAUCUGUGCUGCUUACUUCCACCAGGCGGCCAAGCUCAAGGGCAUUGGUGAAUAUGUGAACGUGAGAACCGGCAUGCCAUGUCACCUUCAUCCUACCAGCUCCCUGUUUGGUAUGGGCUACACACCUGACUACAUCAUCUACCACGAGCUCGUCAUGACCACAAAGGAGUACAUGCAGUGUGUGACUGCAGUAGAUGGAGAGUGGCUGGCAGAGCUUGGACCCAUGUUUUAUAGCAUUAAACAUGCAGGAAAAAGCAGACAGGAGAACCGUCGGAGGGCCAAGGAAGAGGUCACCAACAUGGAGGAGGAGAUGGCUCUGGCUGAGGAGCAGCUGCGAGCACGUCGAGAAGAGCAGGAGAAGAAGAACAACACUGGGAGUGUGAGGGCUGUGAAAAUUUGCACCCCAGGAAGAAAAGAGGAAGCUCCCAUGACACCUAGACGCACCCCAGCUCGCUUUGGACUGUAAAAAUCACAUCAACCAGGACCACACCAGCACGAGUAAAAGCUGUCCAACUUGAGCUGCCUGUCGUCCCUCAGCAUCAGCUGCAGUUCAUGUACGAACCACUAGAGUGAGAACUUGUAUAAGGCACAGGACCAUGCUGAUCAACAUGCCUCCCUCCACCUUCAUCAGCCGAUAGCUGUUUCUACAAUACAUGAAAGAAAUAUAGGACUGUUGUUUUCUGUGUAUGUUCAGUAUUUAUAUGUGCUCAAACAUUAAGAUUUUACAAAUGCCUGGAAGUUGAUUUUUAAGCUUAUUUUUUUAUUUUUCUGACUGUUUUGUCAGAGGGCAACUGAAAAAUAUUGAUCUAAUUUCAUUGCUACUUGUCUUUGUGUCCAUGCGUAUACUAGUUCUUGUAGUGUAGUGGCUUGAACAGCGUGCACCGCCUUGAAGUGCUCCUCUACAGACUGAAGCACUACUUAAACUGUACUUAUGGCCCAAGUGUACUGACUCUAGAGUUGGAUUGUAAUACAACACACUCAUGCAGGCUUAGCCAAUUGACCUUUUUCUACUUGGUGUGAACCUUGUUCCAUCAAGGUAAUUCACAGCAUUGCUGUGCAACUUCACCACGCUGGAUUAAACAUAUCAACUGUUAAGUUUCAUGGGUCUUGUGUUCAAAACAGCUGAGUUUUCUUUCUUUUUUUUAACUAAAACAGAUGUUUGCAAAUGACUUUUUGUUGAUGCACACCCUCCUUUCCCCGAUCUGCUGAUCACAAGAUGCAAUAUUGAUGAACUGUUUAGUGAAGGUGUUCUGUUUUGUCUUUGCAUCAUGGACAUUUGUUUCUUUCAACAUUUGAUGUAAAUAAAAAAUAAAUAUUG